CAGACAGAAUGCUUGAUAUGGGAUUUGAAGGUUAGUUGGUUCUCUCUGUUUUUUUCCUGUUCGAACACAAUUUCUUUCCGUUGUAACUUUUGUCAUGCAUGGAAGCGUCCUCAUGUACCGUACUUCACACAAUACUGCAGAGGAUGUCAAAUACAUCAUAUCAACUUGCAGGUCCAAAGACGAUGGGAGACAGACAGCGAUGUUUUCUGCGACAUGGCCAGCAAUCAUUCAGGAGAUCGCAAUGAAUUACAUGAAUGAUCCUGUGCGGCUCUAUGUCGGUUUUGAAGGCAUUGUAGGAAGUAAUGGAGAAAAUUGCAUCGAUGAUUCGCUUUCGGCGAACAAGCGAGUGACCCAAACCAUCGAAGUUAUCGAAGACCGACCUCGAGAAAACCGACUUAGGGAGAUCUUGCGAAACAAUAGGAGCAAGAAAAGAAUUCUUGUUUUCGCCCUCUACAAAAAAGAGGCAGAACGUAUGGAAUACCAAUUGCAACGCGAUGGUUUCAGCGUUUGUUCGAUUCAUGGAAACAAGCACCAGGCUGCUCGAACUCAGGCCUUGGCUGACUUUAAGCAAGGCAAUAGCCAGAUAAUGGUUGCCACAGAUGUUGCUGCGAGAGGAUUGGACAUUCCCGACGUUGAGUUGGUGGUAAACUACACUUUCCCUCUGACUAUUGAGGAUUAUGUUCAUCGAAUUGGUCGUACAGGACGUGCUGGAAAGAAGGGUUUGAGUAUCACCUUUUUCCAACCCUCAGAUAAAUCUCAUGCCGGGGCACUUCAACAAGUUAUGAAACAGGCGGGUCAGGAGCCACCGGAGCCCCUGAUGAAGUUUGGAAGUACCAUCAAGAAAAAGGAGCACAAGCUCUACGGAAACUUUGGGCCACGGGGAGGUGCUCCCAUGAAGAAACCAACCAGGAUUGUCUUCGACUAGACCUCAUCUCGUUGAUUCGUCAUUCUAUCAACUCUAUAACUUUUUCGUAACUCGCGUUGCCAAAUGUUGCCACCCGCAGAAUUUAGGGGGGGGGGGGGGUUCUUUGCUACUACUACUCCACUACUCCUUCAUUUAUUACAUUCCUCUCAUUAUGAUAAGAAUAAAAAAAAAUCUUCAUA